CAGUUUCCUUUGCAUCAUGAACCUCAGCCAACAGCCCUUCCGCAUGGCGCUGGCUGCACCAGUGAAUGUCAGCGGUCUUCGUGCAGUCCGCGCUCGAGCCAAGCAGCCCUUUGUGACGCAGGUGUCACGACUCUCACGCCUGCUUUCUCCAGCUUUGAUUUCUGCUGGAUUGCUAACAGGCUUCAGGACAUGUGGUCGGCAGCCCAGGCUCCGCCUCGCUGCCACCACGCGGGUCACCGUGUCGCAGGACAAUGUGGCGCUGGUCUUUCUGAAGCCACAUGCAUCAACGCCAAGGGUCAGGGAGCUGAUCCCUCACUUUUUGGAGGAGCAGGGUAUUAAGGUCUUGCGAUCGGGCGUGGUGGAGUCCAAGGAGAUUGAGGAGAAGGGCAUCAUUGACGCACACUAUGCAGCCAUUGCCGCUGUUGGAAUGGCCCGAGACAUGAGCAAGCUCCGCCUGGACGAAGUUGCACAGAAGUUUGAGGUUUAUGGGAGGAGUUUGAAGGAUGCCAUGGAGCGAGAGGAAGUCUGCAGCAGCGUUCAAGCCAUGGAGAUCUUGGAUGUGGAUCCCUCUGAGCUGCUGCGGCGAUGCUUAGCUGCAGGCUAUGAGAAGCUGAGGUCAGGAUUAUACUGUGCGCGCUUGGAAGGUGGCAAGACUGGAGAGCUGUUCGUGCUGAACGGCUUCUACUCGCGAAUGCGUGAGAAGUUUACCGCUGAAGGUGUUACAGUACACUGGCAUGUGGUAAGCUGGCCAGCUUCAAGGCUGUCUUGGGCUGACUUCAGAAGCACCGUCAUCGGCGCAACGAAUCCAAAGGAUGCUACAGAUGGUUCGUUGAGAGCACGGAUCAGAGAUGAUUGGGAGGCUUUGGGAUUGAAGGAGGAGACCAAUUACCAGGACAAUGGCGUGCAUGCCUCUGCCGGGCCAUUGGAGGCGCUUCGGGAGCGCAUGGUGUGGCUUGGCGACGACAUAGAAGCCGACAGCUUUGGACCACCUAAACCGCUCGCCGCUCUGGUCGUGCACCAGAGAUGCUCAGGUUGUGCACUGGCAUCUGCCUGUCCUAUUGGUGUGAGACUCGAGCCGCGACACGGGUGGCGCGACACGGGUGGCGCGAUCGUCACGUGUCGGUCGCUGUCGGUAGGUAGGUGUCCGUUGAUGAGUCGAAAGGAUGGGUGCUGUAGGUGUGAGCGCGUUGUCCGGGCGCUGUAGGUGUGAAAGGUGUGCCGUUGGAUGGGUAGAAUAUGGUAGAAUUUUUUGUUGUUCAGCAGCUCCUUGGAGACCUUGGAUUCAGCACGUGGUGCUGCAGGUUUGAAGACCUUGGUGGAGAAUCCGAUCAUCACAGUGGAUGGGAAGACUGGCCCCGCCUUCGAUUUGCUAGAGGAAAUGGAUGCCAGCGAAAGCCUGGAGGCUCUUGCAUCUGCAGAGUUGAGCCAAUAGGCUUUGGCAGAGCGCAUUCAUGUCAAAAAGCCGAGUUUCACUUGCCAGCAGUGUUUCCGCAUCCAUUCACCAAAAGAAGGUAACUA